GCGCACCAGCCGCCUAUGAUUACACUCACAGCAGGAGUCGCCGCCACAUUACCACAGAUCCACAGGUGUAGCAUACACGUCUGGAUUAUUAUUUCCCUCCGCGCACUGUGGACUGUCAUAUGAGGAGGAUUUGUGGUCUUGAUGACUUUGGCAAUCCACUUGACCCUAGAGCACUGCAUUUGACCCUCUGCAACCUCACUGUCAGUCCUGAAAUCGAUCUUGCAGCGAGCUGGCCCUCAGCGCUGAAAGAUGAAGACCUGUUUGGUGCUCCUUGUGGCAGUCCUUCCCAUCAUUCAAGCUGUUUGUCCCGAUAAGGAAGCAGACCUUCAGACCUGGACUCCUGGCCACAGCAGAGCUCAUCGUGUCACCAUUGCUUACGGCAGGAAGGUCCUUCUCACCACCUCGGCGACUGUCCACUCCAUAGAGAUCAGGGAUGGAGGAAAGCUUGUUAUUGCAGACACAGGUCGCCCAAUUGUUCUGCGGACUAAGCACAUUCUCAUUGGGAACAAUGGAGAGCUUCACAUUGGCAGUCCGGACUGCCCCUACAAGGGCAACCUCACUAUAUCCCUGUAUGGCAGAGCUGACAAUGCAGAGCCAGAGCACAGCUACUUUGGGCGGAAAUACAUUGGAGUGGGAACAGGGGGGACCCUGGAGAUUCAUGGACAGAGAAAGCUGGCCUGGACCUUCCUGAGCAGAACAAUGCAUCCUGGAGAGGUCAAUGAGGACAGCUACCACUAUGAAAGGGGCUGGGGAGCCAGGGGCAUCUUAGUCCAUGCCAUUCACCCAUCCACAGGGGAGGUGCUCCAUUCUGACAGGUUCGACACAUACAAGAGUAAGGAUGAGAGCCGGCGUCUGGCUCAGUACAUGGACACAGUGCAGGACGGUGUCAUUUUGGCAAUGGUGGUGAACGACGAGGGCUCCACAAACCUGGAAGACACAGCCAGGAAGAACCUGGUGAAGUUAGGCAGUCGGGAAUUCCAUCGUCUUGGCUUCCGUCACCCCUGGAGUUUCAUCACAGUGAAAGGAACCCCAUCGUUGUCUGUAGAGGAUCGAGCGGUUUAUCAAGGAACCAAAUCUUCAUCUGAAGCAAAGAGUUCACGUGUUUUCAGGUCUGGAAAUGGAGAGCACUUCACUGUGAUCGCCACCAGCCAGUGGGUGCAAGAGGCGGAGUGGACCGAAUGGUUUGAUCGGGAUGAUGAGCGCGGAUCGGGUGACUGGGAAAAGCUGGCAGACCUCCACAAGGCCUACCCAGACCGCGCCUGCAGCAGCUCUCUGGGAAUACAGGCAGAGACGCUAGAUGGAGUACCAGCCAAUCAGACAGGAGAGAUAUUCCACAAGAUUGACAAGGACUACGGGUUUGUAUGCCUGAAUAAAGAUCAGCCUGAUGGGAUCUGCCACAACUACAGAGUGCGCUUCCUUUGUGGAAAACUUGUCCGGCCCCAUGCCUCCAUUACCAUAGAAACACAUUCCAACAACAGCAUCCUGGAGUUGGUGGACGAUGCCAGCGGCUGGCAGGCAGGGGACAGGGUGGUGGUGGCCAGCACUGACUACUCCAUGCACCAGGCCGAGGAGUUCACUGUCCUGCCCUGCCCUUCCUGCUCCGCCUCUCAGGUCAAAGUUCAAGGGAAGCCAACCUAUCUCCACAUGGGACAGGAGGUGAAUGGGGUGGACAUGAGGGCCGAGGUGGGUCUGCUGACCCGAAACAUCCUCAUUCGGGGGGAGAUGGAGCCCCAGUGCUAUGCCAGUGAGGCCUGCAAAUUCUUCGACUUUGACACCUUUGGAGGACACAUAAAGGUGGAGCGAGGGUUUAAGGCAGUGCACCUGCAGGGGGCAGAGUUGUUGCACAUGGGACAGCAGUCUAUGGGGCACUACCCCGUGCACUUCCACAUGAACGGUGAUGUGGAUCAGAGAGGGGGCUAUGACCCCCCCACCUAUGUGCGGGACCUAUCCAUCCACCACACCUUCUCUCGCUGUGUGACAAUUCAUUCUUCAAAUGGCCUGCUGGUGAAGGACGUGGUGGGGUACGAUGCUCUCGGUCACUGCUUCUUCCUGGAAGAUGGUCCUGAGGAGAGGAACACAUUUGACCACUGCCUGGGCCUGCUGGUGAAAGCUGGCACACUGCUACCCUCUGACAGGGACAGCAAGAUGUGCCAGGACAUCACCAGUGGUGCCUACCCAGGCUACGUGGCAAACCCCAGGCAGGACUGCAGUGCCACGUCUACAUUUUGGAUGGCCAAUCCCAAUAACAAUCUCAUCGACUGCGCGGCAGCGGGCUCAGAGGAGACGGGGUUCUGGUUCGUUUUCCAUCAUGUUCCUACCGGGCCUUCGGAGGGCAUGUACUCGCCCGGCCGGACAGAGCACACCCCCAUGGGCCACUUUCGCAACAACCGCGCCCACUCCAACUACAGGGCUGGAAUGAUCCUUGACCAGGGAGUGAAGACCACAGAGGCCAGUGUUCGGGACAAGAGGCCCUUUCUGUCCCUCAUCGGGGCCAGGUACGGCCCGCACCAGGAUGCAGACCCCCUCAAACCCAGGGUCCCAGCGCUCGUGCACCACUUGGUGGCAUACAAGAACCAGGACCAUGGGGCUUGGCUGCGGGGUGGGGACGUGUGGCUGGAUGACUGCCAGUUUGCUGAUAAUGGCAUUGGCCUGACUCUCGCUAGUGGAGGGACAUUCCCUGAUGACGAUGGCUCAAGGCAGGAGGUGAAGAACUCUCUGUUUGUGGGGGAGAGUGAAAACCGAGGGAUGGUCGACCCGGAUCACAUGACCUGGGGGCCUGGCGGACCCGACCUGAGUGGCAGGACCCUGCCCAGGGGCCUUAAUUUCCCGAUUCGAGGCAUGCAGAUCUACGACGGCCCCAUUAACGUCCAGAACUGCACGUUCCGCAAAUUUGUGGCUCUUGAUGGACGGCACACUAGCGCCUUCGGCUUCCGCUUGAACAACUCUUGGCAGAGCUGCCCCAACAACAACGUCACCGACAUCACCUUCGAAGAAGUGCCCAUUACCUCGCGGGUGUUUUUUGGGGAGCCGGGGCCCUGGUUUAGCCAGAUGCAGAUGGACGGCGAUAAGACCACCAUCUUCCACGACGUGGACGGGUCAGUGAGCGAGUACCCCGGUGCCUUCCUGGUCAAGGAAGACAACUGGCUGCUCCGCCACCCGGACUGCGUGGACGUGCCCGACUGGCGGGCGGCCAUCUGCAGCGGGCAUUACGCCCAGAUUUACAUUCAGACGCGAGAGCCUGCUAAUCUCAACAUGAGGAUAGUGAAGGAUGAGUAUCCGCAGUACCCGCUGGACCUGCAGGGGGCGCUGGGCAAGAGGAAUCAUUAUCAGCAGUUCCAGCCAGUGGUGAUGCUGGCAAAGAGCUACACUGUGCACUGGGACCAACCUGCACCUGCAGAGGUGGUCAUAUGGCUCAUCAACUUCAACAGGAAGGACUGGAUCACUGUAGGGAUCUGCUACCCCAAAGGGACAACCUUCACCAUCAUCUCAGACAUCCACAACCGGAUCACCAAGCAGACCAAGAAGACUGGAGUCUUCUACAGUACCGAUGAGAGGGAGAAGGUGGAGCAUGCGCAGCUGCCCAGAGGAUACUACUACUGGGACGAGGAGACUGGGCUCCUGUUUGUGAAAGUGCGUGCUCAUGGCGACAGGGAGGAGUUUGCCUUCUGCUCUGUUAACGGCUGUGAGCGAGUGAAGAUCAAAGCCCUGAUCCCUCAGGGCAGCAGCCCGAGUGACUGCAUGGCUGAGGCCUACCCCAAAUACGCAGAGAUGCCCAUCGUGGAUGUGCCCAUGCCAAAAAAGCUGCCAGCCGCCCAAGUGCGCACCACAGAGCACUUCCUGGAGGUUAAGCUGGAGUCCUACAACACACGUUUCUUCCACAUCAAAGAUGAUUAUGCUUAUACAGAGGUGAAUGGGCAGAAGACGUACCAAGCUGAGGAUGGUGUACAGGUGACAGUGAUUGACGGGCAUUCGGGGCAGGUGCUGGAUAGCCAGGUCUUUCGGAACUCCAUCCUCCUGGGAAUCCCAGCUCAGAUCACCAGCUUCAUCUCUGGCCUCAGAGACGAGUCCAUUGUGUUGAUGACCUCAAAAGGACGCCUUGUUACCCGUGGGCCAUGGACUAAAAUACUUGAGUAUCUUGGAGCUGACAAAAGUGUCAAAUUGAAAGAGAAGCUGGUGUUCGUGGGAUUCAAAGGAAGCUUCCAACCAGAGUGGGUACGGCUGGUGACCGAUGAGGAGAGCGUUAAAAUUCAUCAGGUCCUGCCUCUCCCUGUGGUGAAGAAGAUGAAGUUAUGAGGGGCCGAAUGUGGUCGGCCCCCAACCUGGCACUGUUGCCAAAGGAAUUGUGGGAUGCCCAGAACAGCCUGCUGAGUCUGAGAGAAUCAAAACCUGCAUCUGCGACUGCACCUGCACACCUGCGAGACCACGCGGACCGUAGUGAUUAGAGUUUGUUGUGUUUGAACUGUGUUGUUCUUUGGGUAUACUUGACGUCACUGGAAAGGUGAAGCAUUCCCUGUCUGUAUCUUGUCCUGUUGGUGUCCACUUCUAAGGCGUUCCAGAAGAGACUGGAAUCAUGAACGAACUUUGUGAUUAAAUAGCGUGGCGUUUGUCAUGUAAUCGCUUCAUUGCUGAACCUGUGGGCCAUAUGUGGAUGUUGUAAAUGUAAAAGAAAGAAAAUCUGAAGCCUUGUAAUGCAUUGCAGCGAGGGCCGUUUGACCCAGUGUCCAACAUAUUAACCUGGUUCCCUCAGAGAGAAUGCAUUCUGUUGGACUAACUACAGCUAAUCCUGACUUGAAUUGUGUAUUUCAGGUUUGAAUCAAUAAUGCAGUGCCCAAUAUUCUUUUUCAAUUUGAAAAAAAGAAGUAUGCGUUUGCCGAAAUAGCAGGUCUUUUUUCGGAUAUUAGAGUUGUUAGUGUUUUCUAUGUUGAACGUGUUUCUAAAAUUCUUCAGAUUGGUAACAGAGAUAUAUUUUAUACUUAUUUAUUGUAAUGGCACAAUCGAGCAAAUCUAGAAGGGACAUCUUUUGAGCAUUCUGAGUAUAAUAUUCUGCUGUGUUUCUGUCUUAUCUGUAAAACAAACAAAAAGCUUUAAAAAAAUGUACUAUAUUACAGACGUAUGUAGUUCAGCGACAAAUUCAAACUUUGUUUAUGAUCUCAUGAAAUAUAUGUGAAAUAAACAAGACUGGGCAUAAGGCACUCUUCAGCCCCGUUACUUCAGACUGAAAGACUGUUUACAAUAAAAUAAAUAAAGCUCUUUAUUCUCAGUUUUAAUAA